ACUUCCAAAGUGCAACAAGAUCUACGGCGCGCAACAUGGUCGUCGCAUCCUUGGGCAUUGACACCGGGAUCCACUUUUCCAUCCCGAUGCAUCGUGGCGUAUGUUGUACAUGUUUGCGUGCGACCUGCAGCGGACAAAUUCUCAAGUUCGUCGUCCCUUGUGGGACAGUGGCGGGCACGACGUUGCACCCCACCCUGUGCCAUUCGAAUCGAGACACCGUCGAGGGCCGCACAUGGCGCUCUUGGUGGAACUGAGGCUUGUAGUCCUGGGGGUCCGGUUGCGGACAGGAAAAGAUAUGGUGAUUACAACUCACCCGCACUGGCUCCAAGAAGGGGCUAAGUUGAGACGGCUUGUUCAUUGGGGAUGUCUACAACCAUGGAACGACUACGCCGGUCAAGUUUCUGACCUCGAAGUCGCCAUUUCACGGAAGCCAGGGAAAGGAGAUUCGUCCCAUCUGGCCGCAUCCCUUCUCGAGUACCUCUCCUCCACCUCCCUCCAAAAAUACCUCACCCUGCAGUGCUCCGCGGGGAACCGCGAAACCCUUCUCGGUCCAGCUCUCUGAAACAAUGACCUGUGUGUUCCAACCACUUCAGCGGUCCUGAUUCCGGCCCAUAGAGGAGUCCCCCUCCCAGGAUGCCGGGAAGCAACAGAUGCCGUAGCACUGCCUGCUGCCGAUCGAACCAUGCUCGCCACUACGACCAACAGCAUGGAGUCACGAAGAUGGACGGGUAGGCAAGCGACAGGGACCAACUGGUUUGACGACAUACGCAGUGUGCCUAUGUCCCUUGAAGUUGCACCGUGGCUGGACCCGGCAUAUUCCCCGCUCGAGGAGGUGGUUUUCCGUAAACAUUCC